UCUCGUCUCUCCCGAAACACAGUAUGAGAAACACGAAGUAACAGAAAGAAAGAAAAAGUUGCGAAGUUUCAGCAAAGAAAAACAAGGUCUUUACGAAGAAGAUUACGCCCGGGGAAAAACGUUGAAAAGUUUCUGUACGAUGUGAACGUGGACAUAAUCUGGGUUGUCAAAAUUUACCUGUCAUUUUUUGUUCAUACAUUUUUUUCUUUGUGACAUUUGUUGGAGAAAACAGUUGUAAAAGUGGCGGCGACUGGGAGCAACACACUUGCGAUCACUCCGAAUUCUAAACGGAAUUUGGAAUUGGACCUGGAUUUUUUGGAGCGCAGACACAAUGCGUCCCAUCACCAACAGCAGCAUCAGCAGUCAAAUCAGUCGCGGAAGAUGCACGAGAAGCAGCAGGCACAGGACCAGCAGGAAAGUCCGAUUGAAAUCAGUCCGGAGAGCGUUGACAGGGUAAAAGUUAUACUACUCGGAGCACCGGCAGUUGGAAAAACUAGCAUCAUUCAGCAAUUUGUAUGGAACGAGUUUUGCGAGGAUUACGAAGCCACCGAUCGCAAACACACUUACUACCCGUCAGUGAUAACGAACGAACGGCUCUACGAGAUAAAGAUCUCCGACCUUCCGGUGAUCCCUUACUUUCCCGUAAACUCGUACUAUGAAUGGACGGACUAUCGGUUCUACGGACUGCGCAGCGCCACCGCCUACAUCCUCGUCUUCGACCUCUCCAACCUGGAAACGUUCCAAUACGUGAAGACCCUCCGAGAGCAGAUCUGCGAGAGUCGCAACAUGAGCAACGUUCCCGUUCUGGUGGUCGGCAACAAGCAGGAUCUGAUCACCGAAGAACCGGCCGGCAGCAGCAAGACUCUGGGCGCCGCCGAGGAGAAGCGACGCGACAUCGUAAACCUCGUGAAGAAGCACUGGAAAUGCGGAUACGUCGAAUGCAGCGCGAAAUACAACUGGAAGGUGAUCGCCGCUUUCAAGGAGCUCAUCAACAUGAUCGACAGCAUCGAAGUCAGGGACCAGAGCCCCAUUCUGGACAACCUGCAGGACGCCCUCGACCGCAACAAGUGCGUCAUCUUGUAAACAGUUUUGCUCAAUAACGCAAUAAAUAAUCUCUAUGGACAAUCUAUAUACAAAUAUAUAUAUAUUAUGAAAGAAAAAAGAACAAAGUGCAAAAGGAUGUACGCGCCCAUGCUCAUAUUCUCUUCACGACUGAUACGCUCGUAUACAAGGCAAACUCUCUCAACAGCCGCCAACUUUUGCUUCAUGUCUAUAUCAUAUAGAAACAAGCUUAGACAAUCCAGACAUAUUAACACUCAAAUAUAUGUGACAGCUGUUACUUUCCGAGAAACAACUGAAAAACAAUUGAGUACAAUUAAAAGCAAAUAUGUUGAAUCGCGAAAUGACAGCUGUCACCUUGUGUCAACUACAAACAAAUAUGUUGAAAAACUCUGAUUUUAGUGUUGAGGAUCACUUGUAUAAACAGAAACUAAAGUCAAUAAAUCUUUAUUAAUUACAUUAACAUUUUUUUUGAUAAAUUGAUGAAACAUGAGCGCGCUCAUUCUAAAUAUAGAAAUUUAAAAAUAA